CCCGCGCAGAUGCGAGCCGCGGUCGCCUUCCCCGCGAAGCAUGGCGGAAGCGCCGGCGCCCUCACCGACGGCGCCCGCUAGCGACGGCGAGACCACCUCCUUGCCCGCCGCCGCGGAGGCCCCUCGCGGGCUUCCGCCCACGCUGCUCAUCCCCCCGCCUCCGACCAGCGGGAGGAGCCGGGCCGCGCGCGACGACAGGGCGGCGGGGCGAGGCGGGAGGAGAAAGGGCGGCGCGGACAGGGACGGGGAAGCAGGGCGCGCGUUGGGUGACCAGCUCGUGGAGGCGGUGAGGGUGGUGGGGAGGGACGUGGACGCUGGGGUGGCCGGCGCUGACAUCCUGGAGCUGGCCAUGGCGAAGGGGCCCAUGUUCUCGUGGCUGAGCUACUGGCCGGAGGAGGGGUACCCCAAGGAGGACCACCCCUACUGACACGGCGCGUCUCCUUAGCGCCAGGACCAUGUGGGAGAAAAACUGCAGAAGAUUUGGAUGCUGCGCCGAUCUCUUUCAUGGUGUCAAAGUAUUGAGUGAGCAGAACUAAAUCCA